UGUUCUUUUUCAGACACCGUAAUACGACGCACAAACGCUGGCUGGGGCGAAGCAAACAAACAUGUCGGAAUUCUUAGACGACCCGUCUGUUCUCACUAAAGAAAAACUAAAGAGUGCACUUCUGGCCAAUAAUGUCUCUCUUCCUAAUGGCGAACAGAAAAAGGACGUUUAUGUUCAACUGUAUCUGAAAAAUCUGACGGCGCAAAACAAGAAAAAAAGCGCCCCUCCAGAAGCUUUCUCCAGCGACGAGGAAUUGCCAGCCCCCGUGGUCUCUAACAGAAGCCGAUCAGGCAGGAAAGCCACGAGAAAAACGGACAAGCCUCGGCCAGACGAGGUGGACGUGCUGGAGCUGAGUGAUGAAGACCUGAGGGAGCAGCUGCAAAAGUACGGCAUCAGCGUCGGCCCAAUCGUGGCCUCCACCCGUAAGCUGUAUGAGAAGAAACUGCAGAAGCUGCUUGACGAGGGGCCUCCUGAGGCCGUAGCGCCCCCUGUGGCCAUCACAGAGACAGACGGAAACCACAACGGAAGCACAGAGUUCGACCAUUACAGUGACAAAGAGGAAGAGACGGCAGCACCGGAACCAGAACCCGAGCCGGAACCUGCCCCGGUGGUGGUGGAGAGGCCAUUGAGGAGCAGAGGCAAGACCCCAGUCACAACUCGCGCCAGGAGCAGCCAGCACAACAGACGUGUAGCGCCGGUAGAGGAAAAACCACAGUUGUUGGAUGAGGAAGAGGAUGAGGAAGAGCCGAGGCUGAACAUUAAGAGGAGUUUCCGGCGUGCUUCCACUCUGCUUGAACUGGCCAUGAUUGCCAGCGACGACAUCGACUUCCCUGACUUCCCGCUAUCUCCGGUAAAACCCCAUGUUGGGGAAUGGAGAACAGAACUAAGUGAAGUCCUAUUGAUGGACAAAACUUUCAAAAGUCCACCAGUUGAGUCCUACACCAUGGGUUCUACUAUGCCCUACAGGCCAGCUCAGGAGAAUGGGACUUUCCAGAAGGUGAGAGACCCCCAAACCGUCCAACCUUCUGCAAGAACUGGGAACAACCACCAGAACAGCUCGUCUUCACGGCAAAAGGACAAGCGUGGAGGAACCUUCACUGGCUCCACUGACUCUCUGACCAAGGUUCCUGUUGUCUACCUUCAUGAUAUUUCUCACACUAAGGCCAAACUUCCGGAUCCCAGACCGCCGGUGGUAAUCAAACCAUCUGAGCCCUCAGUCUUUGCUGAUGCCAUUGAAGGCUCUCAGCACUACACUGCAGGUCACCUCAUCUCCUCCAUUACCAGUGUAGGGUCAUGUCACGAGGACUCCUCUGCUCCCCCGUCCACUAGACAGGGCUCAGCGUCCGGUCAGCCAAGACAUCGCAAGACGCAAGUGUCCCAGACAAUCGAACAGGUAAGCAAGGAGUCUACUACAGAGGUCCAUAAAGUGGAUGGCCGACAGAAGAAAAUCACCCCCUUCCUCUUCCCCAUGACCCCAUUGAGGGGCCAGAGUGAUAGUCCCUCAAAGACAGGGAUAGAGAAGGUGUCCACAGUGGAAACCCCUAAAGCAGAUGCCAGGGACAUGCUGAAGGAGAUGUUCCCCAAUGAUGUCAACACCCCAACUGGCAUUAGCGCCACUUGCAGACGACCAAUCCGUGGGGCCGCCGCACGGGCAGGAAUAUCGACCGACUCCUGGCUGGAUGACUCGCGUCUUCGGCUGACGGAAACCAACUACUCCUCCUCCUCCUCUUCGUACGUGGAGUCCCGGCCGUCCACACGCCUCCUCUCGUCUCCACUGCCUGCGUCCACCUAUUCCUCGGCCAGUACCCUGCGGCAGGCGCCCGCCUCAGUCCUCACCGCCAGGGCGCCCAUCAGUGGUGUGCCAGCGCGUCGUCGCCGCUGGCUGCCCGUCUGGGCGCAGGUUCUGGUGUUUGGCGUGCUGGCUGGCUUCCUCUUCCUCGUCUACCAGGCCAUGGAGACCAACGAGAGCAACCCGUUUGGCUUCCUCGCGCAGCAGGCCGAAGAAGCACCUGCAGGGCAGACCAGCAAGUGAAGCCGUCGUCACGUGCGCGCGCACACACACAAACGAACACACACACAAACAAACACACACACACACACACACACUCAGCCCGCCACAACCGCCUCCAAAGUCCACCUGAUGCACCCCAAACACAACUCCAUUCCCACCCCAUCCCAAUCCGCCCCCCCCCCCCCCCCCAUUUCUCGUCCCACCGAUCUUCAUCUCAACUGUCCAUCCUUCUUUCCUCAUUCUUGACAGUGACAUUUCCUUCCACUCCUCCCCUCCGCAUCCAUCCAAACAAACGUCUUAGCCGCCAUUGGAAGAUGCUGUUCUUCCCCGACUUGUCCUCAAAAAGUUUUUGUUUGUUUGUUGCCCCCCCCCCCCCACCCCCCCCCCAACAUCUCCCACUGGACUGAGACAGACUGAAUCCUGACCCUCCAGCUCCCUCCGCUCCCUUCAGCUCCUGCUAGAUCACAGAUCUGACAUGUACGCACACCUUAACUCGCACGUUUGUGUGUGUGUGUAUAUGUGGGAGUGUGCUUGAGUGCAUAUGACCAAGGGAGGGGGGGGGGGAGGAGGAAGAAAUGCAUUUCUCACCAUCAGGGUCUCUAAAUUGGAUCCUACUGUCUUUGGUGCUUCCCCCGUGAGACAAAGCUGUCAGUUACCAUGUUCAGGACAAAUUCAGCAAAAGCUGAAGGAAUUGCAAUUCGCUCUGUUUGUCUCUUGCCAGCACAGAUAGUCUGCUGCAUCUGUCGGACACUCCUUGAUUAUAAUUCACUUGCGAUACUUACAAAGGCCCAAUUAAGUUUUUUUUCUGAAGGCCAUGUAUUUAAAUAAUAUAUAAAUAUAUACAUUGUUGAAAUAAUAAAGUCUGUGUUUUCAGUAAAGUGUUUGUCAUGUAACCAGGAAGGAUCAGUUAUUCAUGUCUUCUGGCCCCAGGAGUUGCCUCUUGAUCACCUCAUCAUGUGAACACACAAAAAAAAUUCAAACUGCACCAAGAUGUCCGAAAGAUAAACGCAGAGUUGAUAAUUGACUGACCUUUAUACUGUAUUUUCUGUUUAGUUUUUUUUUCCCCUGAAAUUAUUUUUAUUUCUAUUGAUUGAGUAAAAGCAGUCUUGUCAGAGUACUCUUGAUAUUAAACCAGGUGUACUCUCCACAAGUGUAUUGGGUAACAAUUAUUUUUUAAUGCUUUGGGGUUUGCUUUGUUUGUUUUGAUAUGUCAGCAGAUUGCAAUUUAUGAAUUUCUGCAAUAUUUUUAUACAAUGUUCAAUUACAAAUGCCAAGUUUUAUUAUGAUUAAUGGCUAAUCACAGAAUUGAUGGAUUUAGUUGCAACUGAAGCAGGGUCGUGGACCUCACUCAUUGUCAGAAAAACAUGAAAAAGCAAAAGUAAGCCAUUGAAUCAUCUGACAAAAUGUCAAUUCAAACGUAUUUAUUUGGUGGUACACUAGCCCAAACCAUGGGCAAGACGUGAGUGUGUGGUGGAUUUUUUUUUUAAUGCUUGGUGGAUUUUUUUUUUUUUUUUUUAAUUUUUUUUUUUUUUUUUUUUUUUUCGUAUUGUAGUCUGUCCUGUAUAAUUUGUAGAAAUCAUAAUAAAAUUGUUAAUUUCAUGAUUUA